GUAUCACGCUCACAAAUCGCAGAGCGCACGGCGGCCACUGCCCACUGGCCUCCUGAAUCCUACGCUCGCCAAGUCAUCAUUCGCGACCAGCUCCCGUGAUCCUCAGCUCACCUGAGCUCCGCGUAUAAAAAGCGCGAGCUGCAGAACCCAACCAACAAAAGACUCCACUUCGCCAAGUCACGCUCACGCACGCGUUUUCUCGGUGGACGGUGGGCACGGACACGGAGGAGCCGCCGCAAGCGCAGCGCAGCAGUGGGCGCGAAAGCAAGGCAUGGCGUGGUCGGAGACGGACGCCGCGCUGUUCGCGGCGGUGCUGGGGCGGGACGCGGCGCACCACCUGAGCACCACGCCGCCGCACCAGGACGCGCCCGCGGCGUCGGCCCCCGAGCUCCAGGCGCGCCUGCAGGACCUCGUGGAGCGGGGCGGGGCGUGGACGUACGGCAUCUUCUGGCAGGAGUCCUGCGCCGGCGGCCGCGCCGUGCUCGGCUGGGGCGACGGCCACUGCCGCGACGGCGGCGCCCCGCACCACGACGACGCGGACCGGAGCGUGGCGCGGAAGCGCGCGCUGCUGCGGCUGCACGCGCUCUACGGCGGCGGGGACGACGAGGGGGCCGACUACGCGCUCCGCCUCGACCGGGUCACCGCCGCCGAGAUGUACUUUCUGGCGUCCAUGUACUUCUCCUUCCCGGAGGGCGCGGGCGGGCCGGGCCACGCGCUCGCCACGGCCCGCCACGCCUGGGCCACCGUCGACCCCGCGCCCGGGUGGUACGUCCGGGCGUCCCUCGCCCAGUCCGCGGGGCUCCGCACCGUCGUCUUCCUCCCGUGCAAGGGCGGCGUCCUCGAGCUCGGCUCCGCCGUGCCCGUCCGCGAGACUCCCGAGACCCUGCGCGCGCUCCAGACCGCGCUCGCUGUCGCGCGGCCCCCGGCACGCGAGGAAUGCAUGAGGAUCUUCGGCCAGGACCUCUCCCCCGGCGGGAGCGCCCGAGCCCCGCGCAGCGUCGACAAUUGGGCUCCACAUCCACACCUCGCCGCCCAAGCCACCGCCGCGUCCGCACUAGCCAGCAAGGAAGCCGCCGCGGGACACAAGGCUCCGGAGCCGCCCAGGAGCAUAGACUUCAGCAAGCCAGGGAAGCCUGGGCACGGGCAGGCCGGCGGCGAGGAGCGGAGGCCGCGGAAGCGCGGGCGGAAGCCGGCGAACGGGCGGGAGGAGCCACUGAACCACGUGGAGGCGGAGCGGCAGCGGCGGGAGAAGCUGAACCAGCGGUUCUACGCCCUGCGCGCCGUCGUCCCCAAGAUUUCCAAGAUGGACAAGGCGUCGUUGCUCAGCGACGCCAUCGCGUACAUCCAGGAGCUGGAGGACCGGCUCCGCGGCGGCGGCGGCGGCGGCGGCGGCUGCUCGGCGGCGCGCCCGGACAGCCCGGACGUGGAGGUGAAGGCAAUGCAGGACGAGGUGGUGCUGCGCGUGACCACGCCCCUGUACGCGCACCCCGUCUCCAGGGUGUUCCACGCCAUCAGGGACGCCGAGCUGAUCGUGGCGGCGUCGGACGUGGCGGUGGCGGACGAAGCCGUCACGCACACGCUCGUGCUGCGGUCGCCCGGCCCCGAGCAGCUCACCGCGGAGACGGUACUCGCCGCCAUGUCACGGGGGAUGACCAGCGCCACCCCCUCCCCGUGACUCUGUAGCGGUAGCUGUAAGUCGUAAACCGUACUCGCCCUCGUGCGUGCCGGCCACAUAGUAAAGCCACAGAAAUUGCAAUGGCCAAGGCCCAACAUUAAAUUUACUGCUCGUUUCCUAGUUUUUUUGCAUUUGGAUUUUAAUUAGAUGAGAUGUGUACACGCAAGGCGGCAAGGCACAGUUUGUUGCUCUUACUAGCUAUAGCUACUUUAGUUUGUUGCUUUCCCAACCUACUAGUAUUUUUUUCUGAACA